AUGGUCCACUUCUCUUCGAGGACAGGAAGUUAUCUUUCUGGCUCGGUUGGGCGGGUUCUUGUCGAUGUGACAGACAUUGUCAUGUUAUGCAAACUGAGCUCGGGCCACGCCGGCACUAUUGCGAUCUUUGAAUUGCCAGGGUGGGAUAACCCCCACAUUGACGGUGGACUCUCGCUAUGCUCUAUGAUCUUUUGCCUGGAACUCUUGCGGACAUCUGAUCGACGAAGGGUACAGAGUACCCUAGGACACAACGAUGAGACCAAAUAG